UGUUAGUUGUCAAUAUGGCUGUUGUCAGACAGACAAAGCAGAGAGGCAAAUAAUUCGCCUCUGAUUAGAAAUCCUUGGAAAGGGGUCGGACAGGGCACUGUAAUCAUAUUGCACUAUUGUUCGGCUGCAGUAAAAGGCACAGCGGGUCUUUGCGCAAGUUCUAAAGUUAAAUGGUUAAGUGGACGAUUUGAACCGAGCAGCAGGAUGUCUGAGUUCAGCGAGGAGCCGCGCUUCACUAUUGAGCAGAUAGAUCUGCUGCAGCGGCUGCGUCGCACCGGCAUGAACAAGCAGGAGAUCCUGCACGCGCUUGAAACUCUGGACCGGCUGGACCGGGAGCAUGGCGACAAGUUUGGCCGCCGCACCUCUUCCUCCUCCUCCUCCUCGUCCUGCUACGGAGUAGGCGGGGCAAACAGCUGCACCAACAACUCUGCCUCUAAUACUACUACAUCAUUCAACAAUAACAGCACUGCCUCGGCAACCACCACCUCUUCCGUGACAUGCAACGGCAACAACAAUGGGGAGGGUGGCUCCGGCGAUCACUCUGCAGCCGCCGCCUCUUCCACGACCUCCAAAAUCUCCACUGCCACGCAGACGCAGUUUGGCAGCGGAGGGGGACUCUCGCCGUCUCCAAGCAACAGCUAUGACACCUCCCCGCCUCCAGGCCCGCCGCCGCCUUCUGCCAUCUUGCCCUCUCCGGUCUCACUGGUGGCUUUGUCACAGAACGGCCGGGAUAGCCUAGCUGCCACGCCCAACGGGAAGCUGUCUCCUCCAAGAUACCCAGUGAACAGUGCGGCUGCAGCGCGAGCAUUUGGGUUUGAAGCUACAGAAGAGGACCUGGACAUUGACGAUAAGGUGGAGGAGCUGAUGAGGAGGGACAGCAGCAUGGUGAAAGAGGAGAUCAAAGCGUUCCUGGGGAACAGGAGGAUCUCUCAGGCAGUGGUGGCACAAGUUACCGGCAUCAGCCAGAGCAGGAUCUCCCAUUGGCUACUGCAGCACGGCUCUGACCUGAGUGAGCAGAAGAAGAGGGCCUUCUACCGCUGGUACACGCUGGAGAAAACUACACCAGGUGCCACUCUAAACAUGCGGCCAGCUCCGUUACCUCUGGAGGAAAUGGAGUGGAGGCAAACCCCGCCCCCCAUCACCACUGCCCCUGGAACCUUCCGGCUGCGUCGAGGAAGUCGCUUCACUUGGAGAAAAGAGUGCCUGGCUGUGAUGGAGAGCUACUUCAACGACAACCAGUACCCAGAUGAGGCCAAACGGGAGGAGAUAGCAAACGCCUGCAAUGCUGUUAUUCAAAAGCCAGGGAAGAAGCUGUCUGAUCUGGAGAGGGUUACCUCCCUGAAAGUUUACAACUGGUUCGCCAACCGUCGCAAAGAGAUCAAGAGACGGGCUAACAUUGAAGCCACAAUCCUGGAGAGUCAUGGGAUAGAUGUCCAGAGUCCAGGGGGACACUCCAACAGUGACGACAUCGAUGGGAACGACUUCUCAGAGCAGGCAUGUGACCUACCCUAUUUUGACAAGAGACCUCUAAGCCGACCUUUUGGCCUUUACCGACUGGAGCCCACCUCACCAACACAGGAUGACAGUGCAGCACACAGCGAGCACCAGGACCCCAUCUCUUUGGCUGUGGAGAUGGCUGCCGUCAACCACACCAUCCUGGCCCUGUCCAGAACUGGAGGGGUCCCCAACGACAUCAAGACGGAGUCCCUGGAGGACGAAUGAACUGCACAGUAAAUGGGAUGGAGGAAGCGGAAGAGAGAAACGACAGAGUCGAGAGGGGAGAGAAACGAGGAGUUAAAAAAAAAAAGAGACCAAAAUAAUGCUACUUAGUAAACCUUCUGAAUCUGUCCGUCAGCCAGCCCCCUGCCAGCUGUUCCUCCUCUCUCGGCUUCCCUCCUCCACUCCCCUCCCCCCACAGAGUCCAUGUAAACAGUAAUUACCCACCACCCCCAUCUCACCCUACCCAAUAUAUUGACACAGCUGGCGGAAAUGGGUCACUAUACAUCCUAUGAAAAUGUUCCACAGAAAGAAGAAAAGGGGGCAAUCAAGGCCUUUAACCCCCAAAACGGUGGCCCUCGUCUGGGAUUUGUGUCUCCCGGGAACUCCCCUCUCCUCCCUGAAUACACUCUCUCCUCACAGGAUACCUCUUCUCUUCCCUCUCCUCUUCCUUACUUCCCCUCUCCUUCCCUCUCCAGCCUGGUUGUCUGAGCCGAUCCUCAGUCUAUCUCACCUCAGCGUCAACCUCAGAAAAAUAACGUGUACUGUAUAUAUAAUAUAUAUAUGGUUCUUAUGGUUCUCAGUCACACUCUACCUACCUACAUAACCCUCAAAAUGCACCCUCUUCAUUGUGCAAUUCACCUGAAGAGCAGCCUCCAGCCUUUGUGCGGGGAAAGAUGGAUGGUGAGAGUUUCCUUCUCGCCCUGUCUGGCACCGAGGCAGUCAGUAAGGAUAAUAUCAGCAGACAGAACUGUCCAGUCACUGUCUCAUAUCUUCUAUAGUUCUUAUUCCUCAGUGGAGUGGCUUUUUGCUUUUUUACAGUAGACCUGCUGUUGGAUGAAAACCUCAAAAAAGACGUAGCCUUAAAUUCAUACAGACAACUCCACUUUUACUUUUUGCAGUAUAUGGCAGGUUUUUUUUCCUGACAACAGGGAACGACCAGGAAUUUUUUAGUAUGCAUAAAAAAAGCCAAACUUAAUGUGAAGGUUUAUGUCCAGCAGCAGCAGUGGUUUUAGUUCUCUCACCUGCAUUUCCCUCUGGUUUUAGCCCACGUGGCGACUGGAUAUACAAUCAUUUUUGCCUUGGUAUUUAGCUUCCCAGUGACACUAUCGUUAAGUACUUGAGGCUAUGAGAAUCAAUUUAGGGUCAAUGUGAUAAUCAAGCAAACUUAAGCUAUCUAAUAAGGGGAAUUGUGCUUUGUUUUAAAUGUCAUCCAUGCCAAAGGAAAAGAUGCUCGGAGCAAAAAGCUAAGAGGCAAAGCUAAGACUGAUCUGAAACUGACGUUCAUCCAAAGCGAUUUCUACUAACUCCUUUGGCGCCCGUAGGUUGUUUGUCCCGCUCAGUGAAGCCUCUUGAGCCAGCGUGCCAUCGCGUGCGGGCUGGACACUACAGCAGGCCUGUGUCGGUAAUGAUAGGUAUUAGCAGCCACACAUAUAAUGAUAAAAUACCCCUAAGCUAUUUACUACUUGUUCUGUGACGCUGCCUCUUUAUAAUAGCCUAAAGAAUGUGCUUUCAGAAGAUUUUUUAAAUAUCAGUGGUAUCAAAUUAGACGAAAUCCACACUGGAAAUGGUUUAGAAUAUCAGAACUUCUAACUGAGGUGAUCUCUGUUUUAAUUUCAUCUAUGUAGUCUCAAAGAUUAAAGCACCACUUUGAAGGGAAUCAAAGACAUUUUAAGUGGUGAUAUUGGAAAUAAUUUUCCACUUUUUUGCCUGCGGUGGAACUUCUCCAAAACCAUCUUUGAGCGGAGAUAGUGGUAAUGUCAGAAGCAGAGACAAAGUCUUGCUGUGUUCCUUAAAGGUUCCUUGGGCCUUACUAAUUGCCGAGUAUUAAUGCCUUUUCAGUCUAUAACUGAUAUCUGAGGAAGUUACAUGAAAGGUUUGAUGACUGUACGCUUAACAUGAGGCUAGAGCCAGGAGAUGGUUAGCUUAGCUUAGCUUAGCUUAGCAUUAAGGCUAGAUACAGCGAGCCCAGCUCUGUCCAAAGAUUAGAAGUCUGCCCACUAGCACCUCUAAAGCUCAGUAAUUAAUCCUUUAUAUUUUGUCUUGUUAAAGCCAUACUAAAAACUAAGUUCGAAAAAGACAAGUUGUUAUUUUACAGAUGGUUAUGUGCUGAUUUUUUUUGGCCAGGCUCAGUGACUUCCUGUGCCCUUCUUUUAUAUAUGAGAUAUAAUGUGUUAAUUAGUGAGCUUUUAAGGGGCUUAUAGAAAUAUAUUUUCACUUUUGGACAGAGUCAGGCUUGCUGUUUUCUCUUCCAGCCUCUAUGCUAAGCUAUGCUAACUGUCUCCUUCUUUUAGCAUCAUACUUAGCAUAGAGACAUGAGAGUGGUAUCGAUCCCAUCUAACUGUUGGCAAGAGAGAAAGCAAAUAUAUUUCUUGAAAUGUCAAACUCUUGCUCUCAAGGAACUCUUGCCUCAGGCCUCAUUUCCACUGUACAGUAUGGCUUGACUCAGUCAGAACUUUUCUUUUGUGUUGUGGAUAGUACCUGAUACAUUUUUAAAAACACCUCGGUCAAGGUUUCAAGCGAGCUAAGCCGAUAAUAAAAGGUAGAGUUAAAACUAGGGCUGGAUAUCUAUUUGAAUAUUAAACACAAUUUUGGCUUCCCACAAUUAAAUGAACAUGAUCCACUGUGAUAUUGACGUUUAAAAUGCUUUGCUCAUAGAAAACUCCACUGCAUAUUUAAAUUAAGUGCUUCCUAAACUAACAGCCAGCCUCCACUUCUCAAGAGCUGUCAUGCUGCUACUUGUGCAACCUGCAACAGCAGCUUGUGAAAAACAUUCCUGAAUGUUGCGACCGCAGAUGGGCAAAACAAAAAUCAUGCGUCAUCAUCCGUUCUUUGGAAGUAUAUUGGAUUAAGGAGAAAACAAAUCACAUGCAAACAGUGCAUGAGACUUGUGUCUGCGCCUCAAAGCAACAACUUGUUAAACUGCUUGAAAAACACCACAAUCUGCAUUAAGAUGAAUGCAUCAAGGCUGGGAAGAAUAACAUCACUAAUGUUGCCAUUAUCCCUGUCCUCCUUGGCCAGUGUCAACUUAGACAUCCAUGACAGCGACACUGCAGCACGUCAUGGUAUCAUGACCACUGUAUAAAAAAAACAAACAGAACAAAACAGCAGCAGAUAUGUAUUGAAAGCAGGUACACUGAAUUCAGAUGAAGAACCUUAUUUUAAGUCUUACUUUGAUGCAAUAAUAGCAGGAAUGUAGCACAACAUGGAAGUAAAAGCAGUGCUUUGUUGAUUUAAAUGUGAAAGCGUAAUAACAAUAUUUUGUCCCCAAAAACAUUUAGGGCUGCACGAUAAUAUUGGCACGUCUUCGUUAUAGGCCAAUAUCAGCUAUAAAAUGAACUAUCAGAAUUAGCCAACAUGCUUUUUCUUAUUUAGCACAAUAGAUGAAUAUUACAUACAUUGAAAAGCAUUGUAUUUUAUGACUCCAUCUGCUGGUGGGUCAUCAUGAUGAGAGUAUGCAUGCAUAAUGUGGCGUUAAUUACGCUACAGAAGAGACUUAAUGAUCACUAAAAUUGAAGUUGGGAAAAAAUAGUGGAUAUGAUACCAUGAUAUUGGUAUUGGUUAUCUGCACAUUGAAUAUCAGCAAAAAGUCCAGUAUUGUGCAUCCCUAAAAAUGAUUAAUGAAUAAUUAAUGUUCAUUAGAAAUAACAAUCUCAAUAUUGAUGAAAAUCAGGAUUAUCAUUUUGGCCAUAAUCGUGCAGCUCUAGUUUAAACUAGAGCUGCAAGAUAGUCAAGCUAGCUUCAAAAGCAACCACUUUUUUUUUUUUUUUUAUUCCCUUGACCCAGAUUUUUAAAAAUGGCAGCCCACUAAACCACACUGUGGUCAGUUUAAGAACGUUCUGCUGUUCGGUUGCUGACGAAAGGAUGGCACUACAAUGUCGUCACAGCAGUUUGAUGAGGUGUGUGAUCAACUGAGAAUCCCGCCUACUAUCUGCAGUGGAAAACAAAAGGAGAAAGGUACUGAUAUUAAAAGUGAGCUGAGUAGAGUUGAGUUGAACCAUUCAGUGUAAAUGAGGCAGUAGUGAUGGUUUUGGAGAACUGUGGAAAUAUUCUUCAAAGCAGGAUUAAACAACGUAGUUAAUCAGAAAUCACUAUAAUUCUUCAUGUUUUAAAAAAUUAAAUAUGGCAAUGAAUGAUGUUUGAAAUCAUCUGUAAUCUGGAUCCUGCUUGUAGAAUAGCUCCCAGCCUCGGGCUCUAAUCUAGUAAAGCUCUAUUUAAAUCUAUCGCCUGUGUGUGUGUACGAAGCUGCGAACACAGUGACUCAGUACUGGGAACUGUGUUUGAAAAAGAAAGGGUUGAAAGAUAAAAACAAUAUGUAUUUAUACUCAUUUUUUAUGGUAAUGUACAAAAAAGAAUGACAGAUGUUUUGAAAUGAAACAUGCUUUUAUUGUUAAAUUAAUCAUGCUUUUUAAUUUCUCCUCACUUGCUUUUCUAUUAUCAUUUAAAUUGUUUUUCUUUUGUGUCAUCCCUUAUUUGACUGAACAACAGUCUCCCCGUUUGUGUCUGAGGUAGUAAGCUAUUUUGUGAAAGAUGAAAAACGAUGCACCUUAUUUAAAAUAAGAAUCGCUGUUAAAGUGUAACCUUCCCUCCCCUGAGCCUUCCUUUGAAAUGGCAAACGUCCAAUAUACUGAUACGGGGCCGGUGCGGGAAAACAUUUCAGCACAGCUGCUUCACACACACACCAUAUCAUAUUAAAUCAGAGCCCCAGUAUGUGCUGUUAUCUCCACACCAAGAACGCCACACCAAACUCCAUCGUGAGAUUUUAGUUUCUUAAUAGUGAUAUUCUUGCAAAAUGCAUAACUCAUACAAUAUGGCUUUGAGAAAUGGUAACAUUUAUAAAGACAAUAGAUACUUUACUAAGGUUAGUAUGAAAAUAAAGUGCUGAUGUUAUUCAAAACACAAUAAAAUUCAGUCCCUCCAGAAUUUCAAUUCUGUUUUUGGGAUUGUUGCAGCCCUCAAUGUCUGAUUUCACUGCAGCUUUUCCAAAAAAAAAAAAAAAAAAA